UUCGCGCGGGGCACCGGGAAGGAGGAAGGGCUGGCGGAGGCGAACUCCGGAGGGGGAACCGGCAGCUGCUGCAGCAGCCCGCACCAUGUCGGCGCGCAACCCGGGCACCGAGCUCGACCUCAGCUGGAUCUCCAAAGUACAAGUGAAUCAACCGGCAGUUCUGAGGCGGGCAGAGCAAAUCCAGGCGCGCAGAACCGUGAAAAAAGAGUGGCAAGCUGCUUGGCUUCUGAAAGCUGUUACCUUUAUAGAUCUUACUACACUUUCAGGCGAUGACACCUAUUCCAAUGUUAAAAGGCUCUGUUAUAAAGCCAAGUACCCAAUCCGGGAAGAUCUCUUAAAAGCUUUAAAUAUGCACGAUAAAGGCAUCACCACGGCGGCCGUCUGUGUCUACCCGGCGCGUGUGAGUGAUGCGGUGAAAGCGCUGAAAGCUUCAGGCUGUGACAUCCCUGUGGCAUCAGUGGCCACUGGCUUUCCAUCUGGACAGACUCAUUUAAAAACACGAUUAGAAGAGAUCAAAUUGGCUGUGGAAGAUGGAGCUACGGAAAUCGACGUGGUAAUUAACAGGACCCUGGUGCUGACAGGCCAGUGGGAAGGAUCAGAUUUUAUUAAGACUUCUACUGGGAAAGAAACAGUAAAUGCCACCUUCCCGGUGGCUAUAGUAAUGCUACGGGCCAUCAGAGAUUUCUUCUGGAAAACUGGAAACAAGAUAGGGUUUAAGCCAGCAGGAGGCAUCCGCACGGCGAAGGAUUCCCUCGCUUGGCUCUCCCUUGUGAAGGAGGAGCUAGGAGAUGAGUGGCUGAAGCCAGAGCUCUUCCGAAUAGGUGCCAGCGCUCUGCUUUUGGACAUCGAGAGACAGAUUUACCAUCACGUGACUGGAAGAUAUGCAGCUUAUCGUGAUCUUCCAAUGUCUUAAAUCAGCAACGAAUUCCAGAGAAGAUUUUUUUUACAAUGUUUAAAAAUUAUUUUUCUACAUAAUUUUUUAAAUUACUUAAUUAGAAAAUGAGGGAACAGAUACCUGCCUUUUUCUCCCUUGAAAUUUCCAUGGAAUGUAAUUCAAAGAAUGAAAGAAAAAUACCAACUAAUCCACAUACGGUACUCGUUUCAGGCUCAUGUGAAAUGGUCUUCACUACUAGGUCUGUACUGUUAACUUCGUGAAGGUUCUCUCUUAAACACUGUGAGUAAAAUGUUAAUGAUAGCUUUGACAACAUGCAGUUCGAAGGGGAAAAAUGUUAAACUGCCCAAGAAACGUGCUGUAGCGAAGGAGGUCGCGCGUCCCUGACCCGCCACUGUGCUGGAGAGACUCCAGGAGGCGCUGGCAAGGCACUGAUUUCCUGCCAUGAAAAUCCGUCUUUAAUUUUGGCAACAGAUAGGCUCUUUUAUUAAUUGUUUUGUUAAUGAAGUUUCUGUCAUUAUUUACAAAACUAUGAAUGUCGUGUGUUUUAAAUAAAAAAACCCUUGUAUUUGUUUAUUUUUAACUUUAAAUUAUAAUAGUACAUACUGAAAAAUUAAUCCAUGAAAUAUAUGAAGAGGUUUUAUUAAUGAUUUUUUGAAUCCUGAAUCUCUCCAGUAGACUCCUUGGGUAUUUAUCUCAGAUAAAGCACCCCUUCCCAGUACAUUAGUAGUGAAUACAACUUAGGUACAUAUUCUGAAACUUUGAAGAUUUUUCUGGUAUAGCGAAUAGGGGUAAAACAGCAGAAAAUAAUGUAGCACAAUACGUGUUAAACCCUUUACAUACAUCAGCUUAUUUAAUCCUUGUUUAAUCCCUUCAACAGCUAUGUAAGUACAUUAAGGUUUAAAUCCUUCCAAAAAUGAAUACUGAUAUUAUCAUCCUCUUAUACAGAUGAGGGACUGAGGCACAGAGAGCUUGCGGAAGUUGCCAGAGGUCACAGAGCUUAAAAGUAGCAGUCCAGAACCAAGCCCAGGCAGACAGCAGGGCUCCCAAGUCUGUGCGGUCACGCCCGUGUGUGCCCGUCCCUGCACACACACAGACACACCAAGCUCUGCGCUGUCGUCUCCGGCUUCCUUUGCCCACUGAGGUCUCUCAGCUUUACACCUCCACCUGUUCUGCUUGCUAGCACCUUUACCACAUUAUAGAACCUCUUUGUUCUUCAAUUGUGAUUUCUGAUGGAAUCUUUUCCUUCCUGAAUGUGUCUCCAGCUACUCACAAAUGAGAAAUGCUAGACUGGGAGUCAGUAGUGUUUGCAUCUCUCAUCUGCCGAAGAAUUCUGGCCUGGCCUCUUCCUCGUUCUCACUUUGUGACCUUGGUCCAGUCAGUUCACCUCUCUGGAUCUCAGUUUCUUCAUCUGUGAAAUGAAAGAGUUGAGGCAGGUGGUAUCAAGGUGCUUUCAGCCCUGGAGUUAUAGUACCUUAAGGAUAAUGAUAACAAAUCCAAGAAAAUGUUUUAUGGCUAUAAAGAGAAAAAUUGAUUGUAGCAAUCUAAAUUGGAAUUUGCCUCUCAGGAGUCAAUUAGGCAAGUCCCUCAAAGCACCUCUCCAACUCUAAGUGAAAGGACUAAAGUAAGGAUGGAAAAGUAAUCCUGCUUUCAUCCAGCACCUUCAGAAAGUUGACUUUUGACUUAUGCCUUUAGAUAUGGUCAUUGACUCCAAAUGCCAUAUCCUCCUUCAUAACGUGACUGACCAGCUCAGUGGUCAGUCACCUUUGGAGAAGAACUUUGUAGUAAAUAAUUGCAUUCUAUCACCUUUGAAGCUAUUCCAAUUUCUCAGGGAGUCUGUUUUCCUCCUGUUAAACCCAGCUGGUCAUUUUAGUUGAUCAAGUGAACAGGCAUCGUUAUCUUCAAUUCUAAUUUAUAUGAGGCAUCCACUGAAAUUGACCUCUGCAGACAAUUACAGAUUCACAUAGGAAAUUAAGACUGGUGAAUCCCUCAGACCUAUUAGAGGCUGAUGAGCAUGGCCUGAUCUAAAGGUAAAUAAUCUUGUAUUUUGUGGGGACAGUUCAUUCCAAGGACUAUUGGCCCUUCAUCAGGAAUGUUACCUUACCUGGCUCUCGAAAUGAAAUGUAACUUAGAUGACUAAUUGGAGGACCCCAGUAAAUGCUGAUUGCUGUGAAAGCAUAAGAGGAAGAGGUCAUUUUUGAGGUGACUCUGAUUUUACUACAAGCAGAUGUGUCUGCUUGAGAACCCUGGGAUCAGAUGCUUUGUGCAGUCAGAAAAUGAGUUCUGUGUUACGUUUAAAGCUUCGAAGUCAAUAAAAGCAAUCUCCCUGAAAAUUGUCACAAUUGUUCAAUAAAGCAUGUUAAGUCUUCAAGUUAUUUUAAUACAACCAAUCAUAAAGUUUAGGGGCCUAAAAUUCUGUCCAUCAUUUUUUACAUGAGAAAAGACACAUAUGCAAGGUCACAUAGAAAGUCAUACCUGGGCCCAUAACCUAGAUCCACAUCAUGCCAUGAGAUAUUCUGCAGGACAUAGCCAGGGCUUUGGAAUUGAAAAUUCCUCAAUUGUUUAUAAACCCUGCCAUACCUGGUUUAUUUGUCAGCAUGUGAAUGGUAGACUUUGAAAAGACUCACUUUAGCCUUCUAAGUAGUGCUUUGGCAAAGACCAACCACUUAAAUAAAUUCAGUCCAAAUGAUAGUGUGGUUAAUUUUAUCUGUUAGACUUUCAGAAUUUUUGGUGACCUCAAGAACCGAAUUUUUUUUUUUUAAAGGAAGUUCAAUGUUGCUUUGUAUAAGAAAAAAAAGAUGGGGGCUUAUUUGGAUUCUAGUUUGUCUACAAAUGGAGAGAAAAUGAUUAGUGUAAUCACUAAACAGUUUCAUAAAUACAGAAUCAUCUCACUGUGGUUAUUGCAGCACUAAUGGGAAAUUUAGACAAAUUAGUUUGUAUGAAAUACAGCACCUGAGGAGAACUGUUCACCAUGGGAACUGUUUCAGAUAUCUACCUGGACGUGCGUCCUCACAAGAACAUGACAUGGUGUCUCUCCUGAUGGAGCAGGCAGUUUGCUAUGUUAUACGUGUAUGUCUUAAGCCCAGUCUCGAAGAACCAAAUCAGUUUCUUUGGAAAAAUCAGCUGGCACUUGUAGUUCAGAGGGAGACCAGUAUUAACAGUAUUAAUUUUUCUUCCAUCAAUUCGAUCAUUUUUUAUACAACAUAAAUAGGGCCAGAGUGCAGGAAUAGAAAGAAAGAGAAUUUGAUUAAACUUUCCAAGGAAAUGAAAUGCUAUGCCCAUUUUGGCACUAGGAAAAAGGUAUAAGGUGAAAUCAAUUUCUACAGUUGUUUUCCCGAUCAUGCGCAAGAGUCUUGCCUCCCGAAAGAACAUACGUAUUUUAUAACCACCACCAAAUGAUCCUCUCCAGAAAUGACCACACGUAACAUCUGGCUGAUACAUAAAAUAUGUAGUAAAAAUAAUCAUUUUUAAUUAACUAAAACCUGCUCGGGAGAGAGAGUCAGAGGAAUAGCCAUCUGGUCGGUUCUUAUUUAAUAGGACAAAUGAGGAUCAGAAUGUUGAAUGCAAUAUAUGUGAACUACUUAGUGACCUUAUGAUGAACUAAAACUUAGAAAGAACAGAGGUGUGGGGGAGGAACCAGAAUAUAUAGAAAGGACAAAGUUUGUUUUAAUUUUUAGUAGUAUUGAUACAUCUUGUACUGUAAAAUGUAGGUAGAAUAGAAGAAGCCUAGGUUUUGUGGCAUUUUCUGUGAUUCAAUGACAGGAAAUGAGUUUUAAUUAUUUGAGUAGUAAAAUGAGGUUAUAUUUGAUUCCGGAGCUUGACAAGGAUGAUGAAAAGUUUCAGAAAAUCAUUGUAAGUAAAGGUAAAGGGACCCUGGAGAAGAUCGAAGGGUACUUGAUGUCAAACGGUCCCAGGAAUGGGUACCUCUGCCUGAGGUGUUAAUAAGGAAGAGUUCUGCGUUUCCUAUGUAGAAGAAGAAAUGAGUUUAUGGUACAUGUGAAGUUAGGUUAGUGCUAGGGAAGCAUUCCUUUAAUGCUCUAAAAUGUGUUAUUAAGGUGGUACAUUUGCUAUUCCCUUUCAGAAGCAGAUUCUCCUUUGAUGGGAGUGCUCAGUUGUACUGCCAAAGAAAACAGUAUCCUAACUACUUCUCUAAACUGGUAUACAACAGAAAUACUGGGGCAGUUUAUAAAGGAGAGAAUUCCAGCCCCACCCCUAGAGUUUCCAGUUCUGUAAAUGGGCUAUGGGACCCCAGAAUUGGCAUUUCCCAGAAGUUCCCAGUUGAUGGUGACACUAUGGCCUGGGAACCACACUUGAAGAACCCCUCAACCAGAAUGCCUGCGCUCAUCACCUCGAUUCCAAAGUAGAUGCAUCUUUCAGUAGUAAAACCCACCAGCUGUGGCAGCUCUAAGUCAUGAAACUCCAGGAUAACAGUGUACAUUUGUUGCUUUUCAUAGCCAAGAACAAGAGACAGGACAAUGGAAAUGACAUUAUCCCUUAAUCCUUUCACAGUAGGCAGUGAACUCGAUUAUACUUCAGACUUAAAGCAAGCUUUGGAGCCUGGAAUAAACAUUUCAGAUGAGGUUAGACUCAUUAUCCCCAAAAUCUUCCAAGGGAUUUCAGCAAGCCGACAUAGUAAGGUUCAGCUCGAUGUGAUUUUUACCUAUUUAGAGUGCCUCAGCUUUUGGUGAUUCCAGUGUAAUUGCACUUAAAACCAAGACCUAUUUUUAACACAGCCCAUCUUUAACAUAUUUGAACUAGAUAAAAGGUUCUAGGAAGGGACAUUUCACAGACACUUGGCUUCUUAAUUUGAAGGUACCGUGUAAAUGAUCUCCAGACUGGGGUUAAUGAAAACAUUAGGUCCUUGUUCUUUUUAACACAAAAAGAUGUUUUAAAAUUUUUUAUCUUUUUAAGUGUGUGUUCUACCAGAUUAUACAUGGUCAGGCAUGGUUCAUAGUUGCGGAAAACAGAACUCCCCUCUACCUAGUUUAAGCAGGAAAUAAAUUUAUUUUUAGAGUAUAUUGAGUACUUAUAGAAUAGGAAGGCCAAAUCACUGGGCAUAGAGGCAGCCGGCUAUGAAUAACACCUGAAACCUCUCUUUAGAACUAACUGCUCCAGGGAAGACCCAAGGCUACCACCUUUGGGCACUUAAUACCCAAUUGGUGCCUUUGCCACCCUUGCAAGCAGAGCCCUCAUUUAACACAAUGGCCAAAGAUGGAUCCAUUGCUGUCCUGGGUAGCAAACACCUGUGUGGCUUGUCUGCUUUGUCGGAGCCUCAGUCACAUGCCUGUGCUCUAGCUGUAAAGGAAGCUGGGAAUGCACAUUUGGCCUUCUGGCGGGGGAAAUGGCACAUAGUAUUCAAAAGUGGCACAUGGUACCGAUAGUUGUCAACUCCACUAUAAGAAGGUGGUACUGGAGCGAUUGUUCAUACUUUGUGGUAGGAAAGGACUUACUGCCCCUUGGCUAUAUUUCCACUGCCAGUCAGUCUCUACAGCUGAAUUCUAUAUGUAGUCCCCCCUCGUCUCUUGGUUCUGUUCAUUGGGUCUAGAGAAAUCCCUGAAGCUCUUGCAUUUACUCUUGCCAGCAAUAUAUGAGAGUACAUCUUUCCCAAAGUACUUAAAUUUCUGUAUCUCUAGACAGCUAUCUAUUGACUUCCUACCAGGAAUAACGAUAAAAUUAGUUUUUUUCCAAUUCCUCCCAAACUCACCUUAUUCUUGAUAUUACCUAAUUUUUCAUAGCAUAUUCUUUAGACUUAGAAAUAUACUUAUAGCUCUAUUACAUGAUUUAUCAGCUUCAAUAAUCUUCCUACCCUCAGCUCUAUCAGAUAAGAAAAUCAGCAUAUCGACAUGACUACCCACCAUCUGUCUUCCUCUGCUUCAAGCCUUUGCUAUUAUUAUUUCUAUGUCAUUAGAGUUUGUAAUGUGUAAUUUUGUCCUGUGACCAUAAUCUCCGCAGUCAUUCUAGUUUUAGUCCUACAGUUAAAUGAAGUCAAUACUUAGUAUCAGUACUCCAUUUAUCUCUUUGCUUUUCAAAACUUGACCUACAGUAGUUUCUUCAAGAAGAGUUUGAGGUAUAUUUCCUGAGUUUUCACAAGCUCAAAAAAAUGUUCAUUUUCAUCACACUUUAAUGACUAUUUGUAUACAAUCCUUGGAUCAAACACUUUACUUCCUGAGGACUGUUCUGUUGUUCCAAUGUCUUCUGACAUUGAGUGUUGCUGUGGGAAGUAACAUUUGGACUUAAAAGUUUUGCCACGACUCACAACAGUUAUUUUUUCCUUUCAAUUCCAGUAACUUUACUAAAACAUGAUUUAUACAAAAAAUUUUUGUAUAAUUUUUUCCUGGAGUCUGGUGUGCCCUCUCAAUUUAUAGAAUUAUGACAUAUUUCUGGGAAGUGAUAUUGAAGUACAUCUUUAACUUUUCCCCUAUUUUAUUAUUUUCCACCUCUUCUUCAGGAUAAUGAAGUUUAUUCAGUUUAUUGCAGUAUAGUAAGGUCUUUUUUAUCUGUUCUGUCUAGCUAGUAUUUUUUCUAAUUCUUUUGAAUUUUUUUUCUACCUAAAAGAAUUGCACUCCUUUUGGAUUCCUAACAUUUUUGUUUCUUUCCAUGUUUUUAGCUUUUUAGCAGAAUGUGGUUGCUGCCAGUGAAGCGUAUGUUUCCCGGGCUCUGUCAAAUCGUCUUUCCCUUCCUAUUGUGUUGCAGUAUGUUUCCCAAGUCCUUGUAUAUUUGAUAUGAGCUCUUGCUUUAUAGAUAAGGUAGCUUUGUUUAGAUUUUUUUUAAGUAUGGCAAAUACAUGUGGGCCUAAUUUUUAUCUGCUUUAUGGAGAUUUUUUUUUUCUGGUAAGUAGUAUUCUUUGUCUUCCAUUUUAUCUCUGUGCAUUUCCUCUCUUACUUUCUUGUAGUAGCUUUGCAUAGAUACUGUGGUUUUUUCCUGAUCAGCUACUGCAGGAAGUUUGCGUGGAAGAGAUGUCAAGCCUGUGUCCUGGGCCAACAGGAAUUCUUACUGUUCACAGACAGACACAUUGUUCCUUAUAACACAGAUUGUGUGAGUGAAUUAUUUUGGCUUUAAUUACCUCUUGUCACACAACAAUGGCUUUACUCACGCUACAGUUCUGUUCUCUGGCUCUGCCUCAACAACAAGCUGCUUCCUGCAAACAUGGGGUCCCUGUAUGAUUUUUUUCCCCUUUAACCCUAACUCCUCUGCUUCUCUUUGAUGUCAAACUGGGUCCAGGGGACACCUGCUGCUGGUCUAGGUACCUGUUCCUAUUGAUCCGUAGAAGUUAUGGAUCCACCAGCCUAGGGUGUGACACCUACUUUGAUCUGCUGACUUUUUCUGAUGCAAAGGAUUUAGAAUUGGUAUAAAUGUUACAUUUUCAUAGAACUGUUAGUUGUGUUUGGGAUGAAUGUAAAUUUGGCUUCACUUUGAAAUCAGUAGUAGAAACAACAGCAACUUUAAAACAGAAAGUGCUGAGAAAUGGGGAUUGGAGCAGCAGUGUCCGAAGCUUAUGGUGUGAUUCAUAUCUAACCCCCAGGUACAACGUCUUCCGAAUUGGACUGUGGAGGGAAUAACAAAGAGGUAACACUGAACUUAGAAAGUGUGUGGUAUACAGAAGCUGUUCAAAAGGUUCCCAUUAUACCUUCUACUACCAUGAUCACACUAC